UUUCAGAUACAACCCUGACUCUGAUUGACAUUUCUAUUUCGAAAUUAAUUUGACAAAUUCGAAACUCCGCCAUCUUUCUUUUUUCGCGAAUCCCCUCGCUAGUGUGAAGGUAAAACACAAAAUGCAGUUGUUUGUUCGUGGUUUUGAAACUGUUGAACCUUUCGAGGUGCUGACUACUGCCACUGUUGGCGAUGUAAAGACACAAAUCGCACAAGUUUAUGGCUUGAAUACCGAAGAUAUCGCAUUGAAUUGUGAGGGUAAUGCCCUCUGCAAUGAUGCCGCUGUGACAUCUUUGGCCUCAUUCGAGUUGGAUAUCACUGUGCCAAUGUUGGGUGGUAAAGUGCACGGUUCUUUGGCGCGUGCCGGUAAAGUUAAGGGACAGACGCCCAAGGUGGAGAAACAGGAAAAGAAGAAGAAGAAGACUGGCCGUGCAAAGAGGAGAAUCCAAUACAACCGUCGUUUCGUGAACGUUGUUCAAGGCUUCGGUCGUCGCCGAGGCCCCAAUGCCAACUCCAACUAAGCUAAUUGUUUCUUGUGGGCUUCUGCUUUUUUACGUGUAAAAUAACAUUGAUUUUCGCAAAAUUAUAUUAAAGUAAUAUAGCCAACUAA